CCCUUUGCAUACGGUCGCUUUCAGUCGUUAAGCGACCUCGUGUUUCUCAAUAAAGUCCGUGUGGAGUUUCUUACCGAAUGUCGUCCAGAACCAUGUCAGACUGCGCGGCCUCCCCUAACUUGUUGGCGUAUUACCACGCCAGCAGACCGGUUGUUCUCCCGUGUUAGGCCCGCCUUGCCUGUUUGUGGCGGGUGCACAGAUUCGGCACGUUUAGAAAUUUCGUGAAGGCGCCUCCAGCGGGACGGUGUCCCGUGUCGCUUUUGAAAACAUGACACUCUGGCACAAUGCCCUAGCGACGGUCGUCCUUAGUGCGGUCAGGACUUCGAUGCGUGCCGUUUUCCGCUUCUUUUCGAAACUCUCUGGAGUUUUGUCUCCGCGGCCGGAGGCACAUUCCAUUUCACAGACAAACCAGCGCAGUCGGGGGACCAGCGAGUCUCGCAACCCGCAUAGUCGUCCCGACAGUUCUGCGUGGCGGGCGGGCCCCGCAGGUUUCCGAUGCAGAAUAGCGAGUGACGGAAAGAGUGCUAUUCAAGGGUUUUUUAGGGUCUUAUUUUGAACUCCGCAUACUCCCUGUCCCUUUCGGUUGACCGGAAGUGUCAGAAAACGGAUCUGGGACAGGUACCACUUCUGUUGCGCAAACCCCGGCGCCGGUGCACGGCGUUUCGGGACGGUGAAAAUACGACAACACCGAUCGAGGAGUCUGACAGAUUCGCUAUGGCUGUGAAAGUUCGUGAAGUGGACUUCUUUUCCCGCAUGUGAGAACCACUAUGUGACGACUGGAAAGCUCAAUUCUCAGUGGGAGAAUGCUGCUGUUCGAGGCCCUGUCUGCAGGUGUCGGUGCAAACAAUCAGUUCCCUCGGCCGUUUCCUCCGAGGAAGUGAGCGUUCACGCCAUGGAGACCGCCUCUACGUUUCGAAGCCGGCAAUGCGGGCUGGUGAGCAAGGGUGUGGCUUGGAGAGCCGUGAGCCUCACCCUGAGGCCACUCAUUCUCAUUUUCUCCCUGUCCGCCCCUCUGCUUGUCGUUCGGAUCCCUGCGGUGUCGACCCCGCCUUCUUUCCUGACUGCCAGUCUGCCUUUUGCUGCACCUGCAGAGGCGAUGGUUGCCGACGUUCUUCGACGUGCCAAAGAUGCUGUCGGGCAUCGUUGGCGCAACGGUUCGCGUCUGAUUGCAGACCAGUUUGGCGUGUCUCACUCGUAUUUGAAGUUCAUUCUGCCGCAGUACGACCCUGCGGCCUUCGAGCAGUACAAAGUCCUGGCUAGCCAGUACGCAGAGCUGACCCAGGAGGUCCGCGACGCGGCGGGGACAAAGGAUUUCGAGGAAAUCAGCAGUCGGAACGCGCGCGAGCAAGAGUCGCUUCUUGAGGAGGUCGACAGACUCCUCGAGCACGCGCUCGGUCCCAGUCUCCGCCCUCGUCUGGUGCGGAACAGAUCGUCGCGGCGAGUGUCCCGUAGCUCGAAGAACCGCGAGUCUCCAGGCGCCUUCUCUUCUGCCCGUGGGCACCACGAAACCCGUCCCGACAGAUCCAGGGGUUUCUCCUGGACCGACGAACGCGCGCACACUGCGCGCCACGGGGAAAAGGACCUUUCUCGCGAAGGCGAAACGCCCUUCCCAGACAGAGAGACGCUUGGCGCUAACCUGACUGUCGCGCAGCGGCAUGAAUGGGCCAGUCUGCACCAGCGGCUGAACAUCCUGUCGCACCAACAGCGUCUGCUGGCGAGCGCGCCAGAAGCCGCGCUCCUCGAAGCCACGAAGCAGGACCUGAUGCAGCGACUCUUUCAACUCGACGCAAGCAUUCGACGCCAGAGACUCCAGGCUCAAACCGGCUUCAGCCGCGCGGAGUCGGUCAACCAGGUCAUGGAGGAAAUGCGCCGACGCGGGCAGCACGUGGCGGCAAGAAUGGCUGAGGCAGAAAUGGUCGUCGAGGAGUCUGAGAAGGCGCUGGGCGUGGUCCAGACUCUCCUCAGUCAGCUUCAGGCUGUUCCCGGUAGAGCCGCGCAAGCUCGCGAGGGGAUUCGCGCCAAGCGAGAAGAACUCGAACAGGCUGCAGCCGCGGCAACGCAUGCAUGCGUGUUCGAUGCCUUCGUGCUCUCUGGAGGCCUCGACGCAGAAGUCCACAACGUCGCGGUCUCUACGCGGUCUCAGGGGGCGGAAAUUCUCGGGCGGUUCCGGACAGCUUUGAGCAAAUUCGCUGCCGGCAUUCGAAAUCUGGAGGCUCUCAUGCGCGAGGCAGGCGUGUUCCAGGAACCAGCUCUUCAAAGACGAAUCGAGGCGUACGUACAACGCAUGCAUGCCUUGAAUCUUCAAGGUGCCCAGAUCCAUGCUGCUGCGGAACCAAUUGUGAGGGUGAUGGAGACGGAGCAACUGCAGGUGGAAACGGAGGCGGCUAAGCUUCAGCAGGUUGUGGGAUCAGUAUCUGAGUCUUGUGUGGCUUUCCUCAAGAAGGAAGAAACUCGUUUGCAGGUCGUUUCUUCAAAGGUAAUGGAUCGUGUGUCUCCAGUGCUGGCGUCUCUUCAAAGCAUCCUCGAACGCGCCGUUGCGCUGGGCCAGAAGCAAGACAAGAAAUUACAGUCUUCUCAGCAAUACCCCAACUCGAGCGCAAGCAGCAGCGCUAACACGCCUAGCACCCCGGGGCCGCCAGCGUCGAGUGGGGAGACCGACGAGGCGGAUGUCGACUUCCAGGCAAAAGCUCUUCAGAAGGAGUUGGAGCCGAUUGUGGCCGAUGUGAGCCAUCUGACAGAAGAAGUGCGAAACGCCGAGCGCCAGAUUUCGACUCUGACGUCAGCGGCUGUCGCCCUUUCCUCCUCACCUGAGGCGACAGCAGUCGCCGCGAGCAUAGCGGGAGUCAAGGGCAGGCUUACCAAAGCGGAGCAGUCUCUGGUCGCUGCUUUGAGUCAAACGCAGGCUCAGGUUUCGGUGGCGGUCUCCAAGGCACGCCGACACCGCCAGGAUGAUGCAUUCCGAGGCGCGUAUCUUCAGAUCGUCCCUUGGCCUGGCGUCGCUACUGGCCUUGCUUCAACCCCUUUGAAAGAGGGGGGCUUGCGGUCGCAAGGGAAUGUGGAUUCAGUUCCACGUCAGUCUUCUGCGAGGCCGGGGUACCACUAGGGGAGAGACUUUCGAACAUAUAGAGGCGGGUACAGAGAAGUUACCGCAUCCUCCGUACAAAGCCGGCACUAACAACAUAGAAACCUCGCUCUGAGUAGGUUCAGCACUUCGCAUUCGUCGCAAUUGGUCUCCCAUUCGGCGAUCCCGUUGAGGGAGAAGGAACAUUGUGUACUCAGAACAAUGUGGAAAACGAUCGACUCUUCUUGCGAUGAAACCCCCGCGCACACGCUUGAGAUGAACACUGUCACGCAGACGGCGGAAGCUGAGACGGGGAUAGGGGAUACGAGAAAGUGCGCAGCACUGUACGUGACAUGCAUUUUUUUUGAACUGCUCAUGUGACUUUGUGGCGUUCACGCCUGUGUGAUAAGUGUGAUCGACCCCGUUAACGGAGAGCAAAUUUCCGGGCUCCGCACAGGAUAUCCAGGGGGUUCACAAGUGAUAUCCAGUGUUCGAUGGCAUUUGACCGGGAAAGGGGUCCAGUGUUGGGGGGAAUGUUAGUUGUUGGGAAGUAACGUGUGGAACUUUGUGGCGCAAGGGCACGUCUGAGGAAUGCAAGUAAAGGAGAGCUGCCAAACAUUGAGCAGCAGGAAACAAAUCAAUAGUGAAAUCAGCCUCGCGGACGUGUUCUGGCACUACUGCAUUUGCUUUUCCAGGGAUAAGAAGGGACAGCGGACACAGUCUAGGGCACCUGAUUCACAAAAUCACCAGCAAGUCCGCGACGGUGUGCGUCAUUUGUCAGUCUAAAUGUAGAUGCUGCGAGCGGAAGACCCAAUAGUUCAGUGGGGAGACUAAAUUUUGAAGAAUACAGAGAAACGUGCCGUGCGACGUGUCUUACUUUGCUAUUUUAGUCUGGUAAACUCAUGGACACCUCAAUGUUUCUUGUUCACGCGACUGAGUAUCUCCUCGAGUCUUCCACCAUGAAGUGUACG